UUAAAUAGCUGAAAAAUAUAAAUAGUUAAUUUCUUACAACAGUGGCAGCAACAACAACAACAGCGGAGUCAGUUCGCCACAGCCCUUUGGUGACAUUACAUUAUGUGUGGUUGAUCGAACACGCAGACUUCUGGAGGAUUGAAGUCUAGCAUCAUGGACCAUAGUGUGGAAGCUUUCCAUCGUCUUUUUGAAACAUUUCAACCAAUCUGUGUUCAAUUGGCCAAGGAACAUACCAGAGAAAAUGUACAAGCUCUUAUUAGAGCUCUGGAUGAUGCUAAUGCAGAUGGGCUGCAAGAACUUCAGGAAUAUAUCCUGUUCCCCUUGAGGAUUAUUCUCAAGCAACCAAAGAAAAUGUCAGAGGAGUUAUAUACAGAUGUGUGUACUUGUAUGGGACUUGUGUUGUCUAAGACGACAGUUCAUAGGUGGGAAAUGUGCUUUGAUGUACUGACUACUCUCUCAGUGCUCAUCAGUUCACCUGCCAAUAUUGGCAAAGUAUCAAAUGUGUCUGAAGAGUUGAAGUUUGCAGUCAUUAAGUGCUUAGACACUUUACUCAAAAGCUGUGAUUCAAGUAUAAUAGAGAAGUUGUAUGGGUCGGAGAGUAUGCCGAUGCUGGGUCACCUGAUCACAGUCAUGUUGUCUGUGGCUCAAACAGAGAGAGCCAGACAUCUGAGGUUAGAGGCUAUACACUGUCUACUGACCCUGAUGAGAACUCACUGCAAAGAUAGUGUGUCAAAGACACGAUGUCGAGGAGACUUGUUUGCCUCCUUCCUGCCUGGGAUGUCCAUGGGUUUAUGUAAAAUAAUCACAGGAGAUUCUAAACAAGGCCAGAUGAUCACAGUGACUGCCAUUGAAGCUUGGAGGCAAGUUGUGGUGCUUGUGAUGGGAGACAACUCUUUACAGCUGGAUGAAAGGCAUUCAGAGAAAAGUGAAUAUAAAGAUUUGAGUAAUGAGCGAUUGGCUGAGCUGAAGGUGAAGAGAGAUCCUGAUUGGGUGAAAACCACAUCCUCCAAUCUUCUGAUCUUGGUGAAAGAAAUCGUGAAACUGCGUGAUCAUUCCAGUUGGAAAGUAAGAAGUGCUCUCGUUGACUGGGCAGUCCAACUUCUGAUCGACUGUACAAAUCUUAGUGAGAGUGUUCCUGUGUUACUGGAAGUCGUAGUUGGUCAGCUGAGGGAUGAAUAUGAUGUGGUCUCCUCUAAAGCCAGAAAGGGACUGGAGAGUUUCAGUCAUCACCACAUGCAAGGAGAGUCAGGGCGCCCUCUGGUGGAGAUUUUAGAAGAUAACCUUUACUCUCUAGCAACUACUCUUCCAAGAGAAAUGAGAACAGCAGAUGAUUCUGAGAAACUCUCCAUACUGAACCUGUUGAGUGGAUAUAUACAGUUACUGGGACCUCAUACCUGUAGUUUGCUACGCUCGUUAUCUCACCUGAAGAGAUUAUCAAUGGCUCUGGUCCAGGUUUUGGAGUUUGACUGUACGGACAUCAAAAUCACUGAGGAUAUUUCUCACAUAAGUGAACAUGGGGCAAGUGCUCUGGAGCCUGAUAUCAGCUCUGUGAUACAGAGACCCAGGAAGUACUUCAGACACUUCUCAGAUGAGAGAGUGCUGCAGGAGCUGGUUCAUGUCGUGAGAUUGCUGGGAUACUAUGGGGAUGCAGACAUAUUAGUGGACCAUUUUCUGGAUGUCUUCCAUGAGUCUAAGGUGUACAGAUUGCCCUCAACUUUCAUUUUGAAUGAAAUUCUGGUGGGAACUGUCACUGUUGAUGACACUGUUCAGUAUCACCAGCAGAUGGUGCCCAAAGACAAGGUCAUAUUGGAGUCUUUAAUAAGAAUGUUGAUUGAUGAGUUUCUGUCUCCAACCAACUUUAACCUAAAAACUUCGAAUGUUGAUGAUGAUGCUGGAAAGCAGAUGUUAACAAGGUCAUGGUCACAGGGUCAACAGCUUGCCUUGACCUCUGACAGCAGGCAGCCAGUUGCAACUCUCAACACCAAUAUUCUUCAAAUUUGCCUAUUCUUGGAAGGAUUUGGAAAAUUUUCACAGGUUUUGGGCACCAAGUUUUCACCGUUACUGAUGAAGGUGUUGUAUCCUCUGAUGGAGAAGCUAGGAGAUGAGAAUGGGCUGAUUAGCACCACAGCAUACCUGUCCUUACAAGAAAUAUGUAAACAUUGUGGCUACAGUUCAAUAAACAACCUUCUCCAGUCUAACUCUGAUUAUCUGGUGAACUCUAUAUCUGUCAAGUUACGUCAUCUCCGUCACAACCCCCGUGCCCCACUGGUUCUCAAGGUCACACUUCAGCAUAGCUCUCCAGAGUUACUGCCCUUGUUACAGGACACAAUACAAGAGGUUUUGUCCUCGCUGGAUCAGUUCUAUGGAGAGAAAGCUGUCAUGUUUAUGAAGGUUCUCCACUCUCUGGUGUUAGCGGUAGAAAAGUGGUACCCUCCCAGUAAGGCUGGAAAUCCAAAGUUGCUCACCACACAAGGGGAGAUAACUUCUGUGGAGGAUGUGGUCAGAUUUUUCGAGGAAUAUCACAAGAACAGGUUGAUAUCUGAGGGAAAUGUGGAUGAGGAUGAAAAUGAGGAUGAGGAACCAGCAUAUGAGGAUCAGAUGGAGGAUGAAGAUACACCAUCAGAACCACCCCAACAUGUAAAAACUGUGAAGGAGGUAUUGUUGAGGAGCAGGCAUUUACUGUCCUCGCACAAUCCGCGACUGCGUCUGCUGGUUUUGGACACCAUUGCUACUGCAGCAACAGCAUUAACAGAUUAUCAAAAUGUCCUCUUGCCCCUGGUGCACCAGGUGUGGCCCCCGUUUGUGGAGAGAUUCAGUGACGAGGAAAAGCUGGUUACUUUGAAGACAUUUCAAACAUUGACUUCCUUGGCGUCUGUUUGCGGAGAGUUUAUCAUGAAGAGAACUGUCAAAGGGAUCUUUCCCAAACUGACACACUUCCUAAGGAAACAGGCUGAAAUAAGCCUGAAGGCUGGUCCUGCUUAUAAGUUUACAGUAGAGUACAAACUACAGUUUUCUGUGCUGUCAGACUUGGGCAAACUGUGUUCCAUGAUGGGUGUGGAAGAUAUGGAAAUUGAGACCAUAGCAAAGUCCUGUCUGCCUUAUCUCAGUGCCAGGCAGCCUGGUCUAUUACAACAGGCUUGUAUUUUGACAUUUGAGAAGUUGAUCAUCAUUGAACCAGACAGUAUUUGGCUGCUGUUGAGCCAUCUAUACAGUCCAGAAGAUUACUGCCCACCCAGCAAACACUUCCCUUCAGUUAAGGUGUUAGGACCCACGAGUUGGGAGUUUAAAUCCAGCCUUGAACACUGUUUGUGGAACCUAGGUGACUGUGAGCAGUUGACCAUGCCUGUGCCUCAUUUUGCAUGUCAACCAGUCGAUGAAGGCUUUUUCUUCCACCAAUAUGGUGUGCAUAUCAUUACAUCAAAUGUUGGAAAGUUCAUCAGUAAUUUUCCAAAGUUUGAACACAGCACAGGGAAGAGGAAUGAGUACUCUGAUAAUGUGGUUCAGUUGUUGUCAAAGUUAUCCUGA